UGCGCAGUCGGUUCUGCGCACAAGGAGCGGAGCCUCUUGCCUUCACCUGUAACAAUUUUAUUGUUGUAUCGAAGUUCAGGUUCCAGAGCCAGGAGGUAGCGGGCAUAGCUGCAAGAACAUUCUUCAACAAGAAGCACAGCGACUUUCAUUCGUCCACACAGUGAUACACCAGAACUUUGAUUUGUAGCAAGUUUGCGAAAACUGAACGAAAUGACAAGUGAAUUGCAAAACUGAGUGGCGAAGAGAUUUCUUUCAAUCUUCAGGGCACUACCAAGUCCAGUAUUUCUGAGCAGGCGCAGUGCGUUCUAAGCGUCACAGGACAACAUGAGCGAAUACUGGUUAAUUUCGGCCCCUGUUGACAAAUCGAACCAACAAAUAUGGGAAAGAAUGAACACUGUAACUGAAAAAGCCAGUUUAUCAAAUAAUUAUAAAUUUCUUAUCCCUGAACUCAAGGUGGGGACGUUAGACUCUUUGGUUGGCCUCUCAGAUGAACUCGGAAAACUUGAUACGUUUGUUGAAGGCAUUGUAAAGAAGCUGGCACAAUACACAGCAGAUAUUAUGGAAGAUUCGAAGGAUAAAGCUCAAGAGAACCUAUUAGCUAAUGGAGUUGACCUUCAUCGAUACGUGACACAUUUUCAGUGGGACAUGGCUAAAUAUCCUAUAAAACAGUCACUACAAAAUCUAACAGAAGUUAUUACUAAGCAAAUCUCACAGAUUGACACUGAUUUAAAGUCUCGUGCAAUGACCUAUAACAACACCAAGGGAAAUCUCCAAAAUCUGGAAAGAAAAGCCGUGGGUAGCCUUUUGACCCGUACCUUAGCAGACAUUGUAAAUAAGGAAGAUUUUGUGUUAGAUUCAGAAUAUCUCACCACUCUUCUGGCUUUUGUCCCAAAGUCCAAUUACCUUAACUGGCAAAAGACAUACGAGUCUCUCUCUGACAUGGUGGUUCCUCGAUCAACCAAAAUGAUCAUAGAAGACACAGAGGGAGCCCUCUUUACAGUAACUCUCUUUAAGAAAACCGUGGAUGAGUUCAAAAUCAGAGCCAGAGAAAACAAGUUUAUAGUCCGUGAAUUUAACUACAGUGAAGAGGAGUUGCAUGCUGAGAAGGAAGAAAUGACAAGGCUAAGUGCAGACAAGAAACAACAGUAUGGUCCUUUGCUGCGUUGGCUAAAAGUUAAUUUUAGCGAAGCAUAUAUUGCCUGGAUUCACAUAAAAGCUUUAAGAGUUUUUGUUGAAUCUGUCCUUAGAUAUGGGCUUCCUGUUAACUUCCAGGCCAUGCUUCUACAACCAAAUAAAAAAACCAUGAAGCGACUACGAGAUGUGCUAAAUGCACUUUUUAAACACCUAGAUGAAGUUGCUGCAGCUAGCACCAUUGAUGUCAACAUGGACAUCCCUGGACUGAAUGUCAGCCAACAAGAUUACUAUGCUUAUGUCUACUUCAAGAUUGACAUUGAGUUAUUUAAUUUUAAGUAAAUCUUUGACUAAAAUAAGAAAGAAUGGAUGCCUUUUGAAGUUCUGUAUAGUAUGGGUUUUAAAAACAAAGUAUAAUAUAUAUCUCAUGCACAUGCAAAAACAUAUACACAUGGAAGUGCGUUGCUUGGUAAUUCUUAAAAAAUCUUUAACUUAAUUUGAAUCAGAUUUUAAAAUAUGAUGAUUGUUAAGGCUUGUCUUUUACACAUUUUUAAAUGAAAAAAAUCAGUAUGCCUGUCUUAUUAGCAAAUGUUGUUGAUUACAAAUAAAACAUAUCUUUGUGAGUA